AUGGCUAAGCGAAAAUUCGAAGAUGACGACGAGGAUAAAUCGAAUAGGAUUAAGAAGUUCACAAAGAAAUCAGUACAUUACGGCGACGUGACAGUGUUUUAUUUUCAACGAGUUCAAAGCUUUUGUUGUAUUCCUUCUCUUGCGGGUGUUGCCCUUGGAUUAUCUUCAAGACAUAUCUACUCGGAACAAUGUAAGAUAAACGACGAGUUUCGUACGUUUGAAAGAGAACCUCUGCCUUCCAAAGUACGCCAAAAAUUGCUACGGUUGGCCGGGGUUAAGAAAUGGAAGAAAAGCGAACUGAAAAUCGCUCGCGAUAUCAGGAUAUCACGACUCAACUGUGGAUGUAGUUGUGGCGAAUAUUGCUUCCCACAGACUUGUAGCUGUUGUUUAAACGGCAUCGGAUGUCAGGUCGACGAAGGAACGUUUCCUUGUAGCUGUCGACCAAAUUGUUGUUUAAAUGCACAGGGACGACUAGAAUAUAGCGGUACAAAAAUUGCUAGGCAUCGUACAGAAACGCUGGCUCGCGUACAAGCGAACAUGGAAAGCUGA